AUGAUAUGUGGGUACGCUAUUCCACGUGUGAACUGCUCAUGGAAAAUUGCGCCAUAUUUUUCGCACGUGGUCACUACUGAAAGUCGUAAGUUGAAGUACUUUAUUGUGCUUAUUUUCCUUGAAUCGGUCAAACUGGUGCUUUUAACUCGUUAUUUUAUAAGUCAACUAGCCACGACGGUGGCUAAAUUUUCUAAACCACCAUUCACAAGAUUAGCCACUACAACAAUCAAUAGACCAUUGCAAUCUAUACAGAAUACAUCAGACACGCCAAAAAUCGUGCGUCGUCGAUGGUGGAAAGAAGCAAUAGCUUAUCAGAUAUAUCCACGAAGUUUUCAGGAUUCAAAUGGUGAUGGUAUCGGCGAUCUGACUGGUAUCAUACAACGGUUGGAUCAUAUUAAAGAUUUAGGCGCUGAUCUUAUUUGGUUAUGUCCAAUAUUCAAAAGUCCAAACGAUGAUAAUGGAUACGAUAUUAGUGAUUAUCAAGUAAUAAUGGAUGUUUUUGGUAACAUGGCCGAUAUGGAACGUUUAAUCAAAGAAAUACAUGAUAGAAAAAUGAAAAUAAUCUUCGAUAUGGUGUUAAAUCAUACGAGCGAUGAGCACAGCUGGUUCAUUGAAUCUCGUUCAUCGAGAACAAGUACAAAAAGAGACUGGUAUAUAUGGCGUGAUGGUAAACCGGGAGGUUUGAGACCGAAUAAUUGGGAAAGUAUAUUUAAUGGAUCUGCAUGGGAGUAUGAUAAAACUACUGAUCAAUAUUAUCUACAUUUAUUUUCACCUAAAAUGCCUGAUUUAAAUUGGGAAAAUGCUGAUUUACGUCAAGAAUUGUAUAAAAUUUGCAACUGGUGGUUAGCUAAAGGUAUCGAUGGUUUUCGAAUUGACGCUAUAUCACAUAUAAAAAAGAAACCUGGUCUACCAGAUUUGCCUAAUCCAAAACAAUUAGAAUUUGUCUCGUCAUUUGAUUAUCAUAUGAACGUUGAAGGAAUCGAAGAAUAUUUAAGAGAAUUUCGUAAUGCAACAUUUGGUACUCUAGAUGUUGUUAGUGUGGGUGAAGCAAAUGGAGUAGGAGCAGAUCAAGCACAAGAUUGGGUUGACGAAGAUACUGGAAUAUUCAAUAUGAUUUUUCAAUUUGAAGGACUUAAUCUGUGGGCAAAAGCAUUAGGCGCAUUAGACGUUUUGGCGUUGAAACGUAUUAUGACAAGAUGGCAAAAAGCUUUAGAAGCGAAAGGUUGGAAUGCAUUGUUUCUUGAAAAUCAUGAUAAACCACGUAUUGUAUCUACUUGGGGUAAUGAUAAAGAAUAUCUACGAGAAUGUGCCACAGCAUUUGGAACUGUUUACUUUCUUAUGAUGGGAACACCAUUUAUUUAUCAAGGUCAAGAAAUUGGUAUGACGAAUGUCAAAUACCCUUCGAUCAAUGAUUAUAAUGAUGUUGCUGCUAAGAAUUUUUACAAUUUGGAAUUGGCAAAAGGUAUUGAUCAUCGGGAUAUAAUGGAAAUAAUUUAUGUAACUGGACGUGAUAAUGCUCGAACACCAAUGCAAUGGGAUGAUAGUCCAAAUGCUGGUUUUUCUACUGCUCAACAAACAUGGUUAGGUGUCAAUCCAAAUUAUGUUCAUAUUAAUGUCCAACAACAAUCAAAAGAUGAAAAUUCUAUAUUAAAUUUUUAUAAACGUUUAAUAAAAUUACGUAAAAAUAAUGACGUGUUUAUCUAUGGCACAUACGAUUUAAUUCUUUCAAAUCAUAAACAAGUCUACGGUUAUACGCGAACAUUAAACGAUAAACGUGCUUAUAUUUUAAUAAACUUAACCGAUCGUCCAGCACAAUUUACUUUAUAUCAAAGUUUGUCUUCAAAACAAUUAGUAUUAACUAAUUUAAUUGACCCAAUUCAAGAACACGAGGAUGAAAAAACAUUUAAAUUUCAUCCGUAUGAAAUCAGAGUUUAUAUUAUCGAUCAUAAACUGCACACGACAAUAUCAAAAAAUCAAAUGGAACCAAGUAAAAAUCCUUCGAUUGAGACGUUGAAUGAGUUGAAUUCAACAGUUUCGACACCGAUCAGCACUUUAACUACAUCCGAAGUACCACUAACUAAAAAACAAACACAAGUACUGGAAAAAGUAAAACAAAAAAGAACAAAUAACCCAUUAGUAGAAAUAAACGAAAACGUGAAGAAAAAACAAAAAGGAGAGAUAAACGAUUCAAAUGAAUCAUUGAUAAAAAAAUAUCAAAGCCAAAGAUCAUUAAUUCUGAAUCAAGAAAACAUUGAACCUAUUAUUCGAACCUCAACAUUCGAACAACAACGACGUCCAUUUUCAUCUUAUUCUAGUCUGACUUUGAAAGAUCAAUAUGAUGUUGUUAAUGAAACAACAACGUCUACAGAUAAAGUAGACGAUGAAGAAUCAACUGACACGAGAAGCAAAUAUAUUAAUUACUGUGCUUGUGAACAAGCAAAACAAAAACAUCUAUUAAGAGAUCAGAAUGAAGAAAUAUUAAAACACACUCAAGAGCAAAUGUGA